AUGGAUUGGCUAGACUCACAAAGAGAACAGGAAAAGGAGAAAAACUUCUGCCACCUGGCCACCACUGACUAUGUGAUCAUUGAGUCAGUGCCACCCCUGGUGGCCAAAGGAGAUGACGUCCUUUUCCUUGUCCACAAUCUGCCAGAGAAUAUUCAAGCCUUAGCCUGGUUCAAAGGGCGGACAAAUGAGAAAGACGCAAUUGCACUAUAUGACCUGCACAACAAUGCGAGUGUGCCAGGGGCUGUGCACAGUGGGAGAAAUACAAUAUAUCACAACGGGUCCAUGCUGAUCGAAAACACCUCUGAGAAGGACGAAGGAUACUACACCUUGAGAACCUAUGAUGAACAUGCAGAAAUUGUAUCAACAACACUCACAUACCUCCACGUGCAGGAUUUCCUUUGGAACUGUGGGCGCCAUGCCACCUCCGCCCAGCCCACUGUUGAAUCAGUGCCUCCCAGCGUUGCUGAAGGGGGGAAUGUUACUCUACUCAUUCACAAUCUCCCAGAGAAUCUCCACGGCUUUGUCUGGUUCAAAGGAGUAUCUGUGCUCUGGGAACACGAGAUUGCCCGAUACACAAUAGGCAGAAGUUCAAGUGAUACAGGGCCUGCGCACAGUGGCAGAGAGACAUUGAACAGUGAUGGAUCCCUGACGAUUCACAACGUCACUCGGAAUGACACCGGACUGUACACCCUACGGAUUGUGAGUGCAGAUAUGAAAAGUGAGGAAGCACAUGCCCAGCUCCAAGUGGACAGUGAGUGA